AUGUUAUCAAGUUAUUUAAUAUCCCUAUCGUCAGUAAUAACUUUAAUAUUGUCACAACGAAUUGAACAAGUAUUUCAACAACCAGAAGAACCACCAUCACAACCCCACUUUGAUGUAUCAGAAGGUAAUAAUUAUAUCCUUAGCACAAUUCAAGAUGAUUACAAAGAAAUCAAAAUAUCAAAUAUAUUAGCCAAUCCUUUGAAAUAUAAAGAUUUACCACCAAUAAUAAGUUUACCAAAACAACAUCAACGUACAUUAAAACCAGGAGAGAUUCCACAAUAUGUAAUAGAUUAUUCACCAAUGGUUUAUUUAUAUAGUGAAGAAAAAUAUUUACCUUAUGAUAUUGGAGAAUUUGUAACUAAUUUUCAUGUCACAUACAAAAAUGGUACAACUUAUCCAGGUACAGAAACUGAUAUGAAUUUAAAAAAACUAUCACAAUUAAAGCAUAGUAAAAAAUUAUUUUUAACUUCAAAUUCAAAUUUCGAUGAUGAUCCAGAUUGGAUUACUGGUAUAAAGAAUAAACCAAAUUUAAUCAAUGGUGAGAUUAAAAAUGCACCAGCUACUUUAAUUGUUGUUGAUAAGGGUAAUGGAUGGGUAGAUGCUUAUUGGUUUUAUUUCUAUUCAUUCAAUUUAGGUCCAUUCGUAAUGGGUCAAGGACCAUAUGGUAAUCAUGUUGGUGAUUGGGAACAUUCAUUAGUACGUUAUUAUAAAGGUGAACCAAUUAUAGUAUGGAUGUCAGCUCAUGGAGGUGGUGGAGCUUUUUAUUAUCACAACCUUGAAAAAUAUACAAUUGAUCAAAGACAUCCUAUAAUAUUCAGUGCUAGAGGUACUCAUGCAAAUUAUCCAAGUGUUGGUCAACAUCCUCAUGAUUUACCUUAUGAUAUAUUAAGUGAUUUUACAGAUCGUGGACCAUUAUGGAAUCCUUCAAAGAAUUAUUUAGGAUAUACUUACGAUGGUAAAUAUGUAUUUCCAGCAUUAAACAACUCAAAUCCUAAAUACAUAGGUAGAGAAUGGUCAUAUGAUAAUUGGCUCAACUACAAGGGUCAUUGGGGAGAUAAACAAUUACCUGAUAAUGAUACAAGACAAACAUAUUCUUUCAUAGGUGGAUACAAAUAUAUCGAUGGUCCAACUGGUCCUUUGAGAAAAAAUGUCUUGAGAGUAGUACCAUGUGAAAGAGCAAAAUGGUGGAAUUUUUGGAGAGGUUGUAAUGUGAGGCAAAAUAUAAAAUGGGGAAUAGGAUUAGAAAGUGAAGGUUAUAAUUGUGGAGAAGUAUUUGUGAAAAUGAAACCAAGAUGGUUAAAAGUUCUACUACAAAAAAUGACUUGGGGUGGUGGAAUUUGUUAUAUUGUUGAUUUAAUUUAUGGAUAA